AUGGGGGUUAGCGCAUUUCUCAUGCGCGUGGCGUCGCUGAUCGCGGUCGCACAAGGCGUACAGCUCGACACGACCUUUGUCAUGUCCCAGACGACCGUCGGCCUCUCUGCCGCGGGCAAGGCGGCGUGCCUGCGCGGAAAGAUCAAGGUCAACGCCUCCGCGACCAACACCAAACUCCUCGUCAAGUCGCCCGUCGGCCAGCCGGACCUGACGCAGACGACCGUGGACAUGGCGACGGUGGGCAUCGACUACGCGGCCAUGGUCAAUGGCGGGCCCAGCCAGGUCUCCGGCACCUACCAGCUGUACGUCGAGCUCUGCGUACCCGCAGACCCCGUUGCUGCGCUCAAGGUGCAGACGCUGCAGUUCCUCAACCACGGCGGCACCCUCGACCACACGUACUGGGACUUCGCGCCGGGAUACAGCUACGUUGAUGCGGCGGCGGCGGCUGGCUAUGCGACCUUCAACUACGACCGCCUCGGAUACGGCCUCUCGGACCACCCGGAUCCGAACCAGGUCGUGCAGGCGGCCCUGCAGCGCGAAAUCGCCCACCAGAUCAUCCAGGUGCUGCGCAAGGCGACGAUUGGGGGAAUUGGCAUCAAGAAUGUUGUUGGUGUUGGGCACUCGGCAGGGUCGGCGUUGACCCUUGCGAUUGUGGGCAAGUACCCGGCCGACUUCGAUGCCUUGAUCUUCACCGGCAUCUCGACGUCGAUAGAGGGCGUCGCGAGGGCACAGAUUUCCUUCAACCUCAUUCCGGCUGCGCUGGAUCCGUCAGGCCGCUUCGCCGGCCUGGAUAAGGGCUAUCUCACGCAGGGCGCCGUGCCCCAGGACUUCCAGUUCCCCUUCUACCGCUACCCGGACUUCGAUCCUACAAUUUUCAAGAAGCAGUUCGACACGCGACAAACCACCGUCUUGGGCGAGCUGCUCACCUUCAACAGCGUAAUAGCACCGCAGCCCACCUACACAGGGCCCGUGGACGUCGUCCUCGGCCAGCAGGACUACAUUUUCUGCCAGGCCAACUGCUCGUACCCCACGGACCAGGCCCAGACGUUCGUCAAUGCGCUGUUUCCCGCGUCGAAGAGCAAGGGCACCUUUUUGCAGCCCAAGUCCGGUCAUCUUAUAGCGCAGCACUACAACGCUAACGCCGGCUUCUCACACUCGCUGCAGUUCCUCAAGAGCAACUCAUUGUAA